CUGUUCUUGUGACUCCCAGAAGUGGCUGCAGCCAGAGCUCCUGGUUCAAGUCCAAAGAGCAUCAUGUCAGAGUACACAUGGCUGGAAGGGAUCCCAUUACUAGCCAAUUUUCUGUCACUUAAAUACCAGACUGGAGAGUGGAGGGAUUUUGUCUUCAAGGAGGAUGAUGUCCUGAUACUGAGUUACCCCAAGUCAGGGACUCACUGGAUGAUUGAAAUCCUCUCUCUGAUCCGCACCAAGGGAGAUCCCAAGUGGAUCCAAUCUGUUCCCAUUUGGGACCGUUCACCCUGGAUAGAGAUUCAAAACAUGUAUGAAGCCUUAGAGGCACAGGAAGGCCCACGUCUCAUCACCUCCCACCUCCCAAUCCAGCUCCUCCCCAAGUCUCUCUUCACUUCCAAAGCCAAGGUGAUUCACCUCAUCAGAAAUCCCAAAGAUGUCUUGGUGUCUGGUUAUUUUUUCUCAAAAGUAUGUUCUUCUUUUGAGCAAGUAGCAUCGCUGCAAGAGCAUUUUGAGCGAUUCCUACAAGGAAAUGUUUUGUGUGGGUCCUGGUUUGAGCACACACAGGGCUGGAUGUCCAUGAGAGGGAAGGAGAGCUACCUGAUGCUGCAUUAUGAAGACAUGAAGAGGGACACAAGGAGCACCAUAGAGAAGAUCUGCCAGUUCCUGGGCAAAACCUUAGAGCCAGAAGAGAUGAACUCAGUCCUCAAGCACAGUUCCAUCCAGGCUAUGAGAGACAACAAGAUGUCUAACUACACACUUAUGGAUGGCUCUAAUUUUAAUUUGAAGAAUGGGCCAUUUCUGAGAAAAGGUGUUUCUGGGGACUGGAAAAACCACUUGACGGUGGCCCAGGCAGAGGCCUUUGACAGGAUGUUCCAGGAGAAGAUGGCUGGUCUCCCUCCAGAGCUGUUUCCCUGGGACUGACGUCUGAACCAAGUCUCUAGAUUUCACAUGACUAUUGCCAACUGUUCACUUGUCUUUGUAUGUGAUGAAGAUUCUCAAAUAAAACUACUUAUUUCACAUGGGAACCUGGAAUUCUCAAAUACAGAAAAGUCUUUGAGAACUA